UCGAGUGAACGACAACAUGGUUGGGAGGAAGAGGAAGGGGGAAGGGGAGGGAGCUAAGGAGGCCUUCAAGCCCGUCAGCGAGGACGAGCAGCGUGAGGUAAUUGCCCGGUGUUGUGUCUACAAGUACCUGACGAAGGGUCAGACACUGGAGAGUUGCAAGGGCAACUUCAAGAUGAAGUGCAAUUUCUGCAACAAACCCCCUUUUCAGGGCAGUCAGAUGCGGGGGGCCGAGCACUUCACCAAGGGGAGGUGCCCAAGGGUGACACCGGAGAUACUUGUCGAUAUUUGAAAUUCGACAAGCUACCGCUUCGACCAGCGGCGAGAGCGACAAGUGCGGGAUUACAUGGAGUAUCGUGGCAUCCCGAACAGGAGAGAGGUGGGAGUUGGAUGUGUGGCUGAGGACGAGGUGCAAGAUGUUUUGGACAGGGAGGGGGCGAACGUUGAGGGUGGAGAGCGCGCCGACGAGGAUGAUGAGGCGGGCGCAGGGGUGGGGUCUGCUAGCCGUGGGCCAGAGGGCGAGGGAGAAGAGGGGGGCGACGACGACGACGAUGUGCAGGAGUUAGGAGCAUCCCUGCAGGGGGGAGGACUCAAGGGAGGACGUGCAACUCAGCAGACGAGACCCCGUGCGACUAUGGAUAGUCGUGGGAAGAGGAGGGCGAACACUGCUCCUGCGGCAUGCAUUUUGGACCCGAAACGUUUGAAGCUGGUCAGGUUGGAUGAGUUGUACGACCCAGCGUGGCAGUCCACAUUCCACCAUCUCUUCCUGCAGUGGUGGUAUAUUGGCGGCAUCCCAUUUGAGAGGGCGAAGAUGGACGAGUACAGGGUCCUCACGAAGCAUAUGCACAAAAUGCCCAAGGGCAUGAAGCCUUCUUUGCCCCAGUUCAAGCGCAUAGCAGGCAGUGACAUAGAGGAGGAGUGUGCGCACAUAGUUGAUAAGAUACGUGACAUACGUGAGCAGAUGCGGCACACAGGGGCUACCAUCCUCACGGAUGGGAGGAAGUCCCUGAACUCUGAGCCAAUUGUGAACUUCCUGGCAGCAGGACAGUCGAGCGCCUUCCUUUUCACGACGGUGUGCAGGGAAGAGGUUGACGCAGAGACGGCAGACGUCGUCUUGCAGCGGUGGAAGAAGGUUUUCGAAAAGUUCGGCGCGAACAAGAUCAACGUCAUCUGCACGGACUCUGCAUCAGUUUAUGUCGCUGCCGGUCGAGCGCUUCACGACGAUCCCGAUCCGGAUAUUCGUCGCAUCCCUUGGCUCCCUUGUUCUGUCCAUUGCUGCAACUUGAUGUUGUCAGACAUGGUCAAGGAUAAGACAUGGCCCACAUGGGCCAUCGAGUUGUUGACGAGGGCGAGGGCGGUUGUCCGAUUCAUUAGAUCUCACGGAUCGGCUCUCGUGUUGUUUAGGAUUUACAGUGCCAGAACUGAUCGUGAGACAAGGGCCGGCCAUGGAGGGGGGACAAGAGUCAAAGCCCGACGCGGUCGAGAGUUGUUGUACCCUAGCCAGACGCGAUUUGCCUCUAUGUACAUCAUGAUGGAGAGGUUGCGCCACCUCAGGGUUCCACUGGAGGCGAUGACGUUGGAGAGGGACUGGGCGCGACUUCCAUGGGAGAGGAAUCUGUUGGCGCAGGCCGGUUGGGUGCGCACGCAAGUGCGAUGCGGGUUGUUUUGGGAGGAGAUGGAUGAUCUUAUAGACGUCUUCACCCCGGUCAUGCAGUUGUUGAGGAUGUUGGACCAGGGGGGAUUGGUGAUCUCGUGCAUCUUCCGGUGGGUGACCCAGUUGGCGGAGGAGAUUCUGAAGUUGGACAAUCAACAGAAGAAGGUGGCGGAGAUGACACUCGAGUACAUCUACACGCAGAUGGGCUUCGACUGGCGGGGAGAGAGGUACAGGUUGGUCCGUCAGCAGUUGUACGACUUCCACGCGCGCGGGCCGAGGUAUGAUUGGGGGGGAGAUGCACGCACUGCAGACAAGGACACGUGCGAGGGGCCGGAUGAGACACAGGUCAUUGCUGAUUGGUGGGUUUUGCACGGCGGUUGUGCCCCUGAGCUUUGCACCAUCGCCACACGUCGGAUGUACACCUGGGUUUGCGCCUCUCCUGCGGAGAGGAAUUGGGCGUUGCAUGAGCGGAUCCACGAGAAGCGCCGCAACAGGUUGGAAUUCAAGAACCUGACUGACAUGGUGGAGAUGUGCGCGAACAAGAAGCUUCUGACGUGUAGACAGAGGAGGAGGGUACUUUUCCUGCCAUGGGGUGAUCUCGAGGAGGGGUUGGACGACGUUCCGGAGCCGCGCAGGUCAGGUACUCUGCCGUCGGGGACACUGACGGACGAGGAGAUCAAGCAUCGGGCGCGCAAGAUGCAGCGUGCCUUGACGGUCCGCCAACCGCCUUCGGCUCAGACGGUGUUCGGCCAUCGUGCAGCUCAUAUCCAGCUGUAUGACGAGGAGAUCGAGUACGAGCCACCCAUGGACCCGCAGGCUACAGACGAGAUGGAGGCUGAGGCUGAGAUGCGGUCGUGGGAUCGGCAUAGCCAUUGUGAGCCCGCACGUCUGAGCCCUCCUUUGACGAGGGGGAAGACUGUGGCUGCGAGAGGGUGCAAGCAGUCACAGGUUGCACGAUCGUCGAGUGAGGACAACCGAGGUAAUGACGGAGAUGUCGCCGACGAUGAGGACUCCGACGACGAGUAUAUGGUUGAUGGAGAGCAUCCCGAUCCUGCGGACGAGCACGGGUUCGACGGCGGCGACGACGGUGGGCCCUGUGACGACAGGGCGGGUGGCGCGUGCCUGGUUACUCCUGGCCCCGGUGCGGUGGGCGGGCGCGUUGGCAGCGUGCAGGGAUUUGGUUUGGAUGUACCGCAGGGAUCGAUUCCCUCUGCCAUAUUCAGGACGACUUCGACAUUGGAGGUCCACCCACUUCAGAUUCCAGGCACGGCGGGGUGCGACACGACCGGGGCGAAGGAGAUAGGGUGUACUAUGGAGGAGGUCACUGCCGCCAGAUUAGCAGCAGAGUGUGCACACGGUCGUUAUGCAGAUGCUGCAGAUGGUGGAGUACUCCACGCGGGGGGACACGAGGUCGAUCGUGCGGACGGGGACGAGGAGGACACGAGGAUAGGGUCUGGUGACACACCUGGUCACGGCGACACGCGACUCCCCACGGGUGAUGAGGGGGAUGGGGGCGAGGAUGUGGCUAUGGCAGAUGCAGGGGGGUUGCUUGGGUGUGAUCGGACGGAGUUGGAGGGGCAGGCAGAUAGAGUACUUGUCGGCGUUGCCGGAAUGGAGGAUGUGGUUGCAGAUCACAUUGAGGAUGGUCCUGUCACGAUGGAUGAUGUGGUUGCACCUCGCAUUGAGGAGGACCGACAGGUGGAUGGGGCAGUUGUCGCUGCCCCCGUUGAGGCACACGUGCCCACCAUGUCCCCGCUCGAGCGCCACACUGUCGGGAUUGAUCCAAUGAUGGGCAGAAGCAGGCAUAUAUUAAAGAGGUUUUGGAAUGUUGUGCCUUCUUUUGCUUUCGUGGUUGUUAAUCCGCCAGCACCCUCUGGGGUAUCGGGGCAUAUUGGGAGGUCCAUGGAGAUGGCCGACCUGUUCGAGCAAUCGACAUGUCAGAGGGUUAUCGAAGCGGGAGGGGUGUCAUGGGGAGCAGGGUCAGUUGCUGCGGGGACACGACCCGCAUGUGCAGGGGCGGUGAGUGGACGAGGAGGCGAGUCUGGUGGCAGUAUUGUUGGCGGGGGAGGUGGUCGUAUAGUUGUCGGCGGUCAGUCGUGCCUUUCAGGCAGGAGUGUUGGUGGGGGAGAGGCUUUUGCAGCAGUGGCGACGGCAGGAGGGCGCGGGCAUGUGCAGGGUUCCCCAUCACCUUCAUCGAAGUAGAAGGGGAAGUCCGUACCGUGGAGCAGCAUCAACAAG